AAAGAAAAUUGGUGUUUUUACCGCUUAUUCCCCCGAUUCGUUUACAAUUUUGACCGUGCGGAUGCCAAGUUUCUUUGGUGCUCCCCUUUUGCUUCUCGCGUGCUUAUUGUGUGUUCCUUCUUGAUUCUAGCAUACGCUCUAUGAGAAACCAGGAUUCGUACCUGCAACUUGUAUCCGGUGUUCUAAACCGAUGCCUUUCGCAACACUCCGAAGAGGAGGAAUCGGAGAAAGUGCGGAAUACUAACUUAAGUAAGGCUGAAACUUUACCGCAUAUUAAAGAUGCCCAGCAUGACGAGCCUGGUAGCUAUGAUAGUGGUAGAGAUAGUUCUGAUGAUGAUGAUGGAUGGAAGCGGAAACUUGAAGUUGCUUGGCUCUCCAAAGCUCUUGAUCCAGCGUUGCAGUUGUAUAAGUGGGCAUCUUCUGCAGCAGGUAGCAACGAGAAGCAGAGUACACCCUUUGGCACUAGGUCUUUCAGUGAGAUUCUUAUGAGUAUUCAGCGAAGUAAAGUUGGCAUUCAGGACUGGAGCCUCAGCGACUUAACAGUUGGUCUUUAUCUUAUUUACCUCAGCCAAGCUUCGUCUAAGAAGAUUGAGGAGUUCAAGGGUGUUCAGAUCUUUUCAGAUGCUAUAGUUCAAGAGCUUAUCUAUUAUCUUGAGCUAGCAAAGGGUUCUUAUAAAGACAAUGCUACUGCUCUUGCACGGCAUAGCAUGCUUCGAGAGAGGAACAUUGUGAAGUUCAUUAAAACUUCAAGUCUACUGAGGCCUGGUUACUACAUUGGAAUCGACACACGCAACAAACAGGUUAUUUUUGGGAUUCGUGGAACUCAUAAUGUCUAUGACCUUAUUACUGAUAUAGUUUCUUCAAGCAAUCAAGAAGUGUCAUUUGAAGGUUUCUCCACCCACUUUGGAACAGCUGAAGCUGCUCGUUGGUAUCUUCAUCACGAGUUAGGCACUGUUCGAAAACUGCUGGGAAAGCACAAGGAUUAUAAGUUAAGGCUGGUUGGGCAUUCCCUUGGUGGUGCAGCAGCUGCUUUACUUGCAAUAAUGUUGCGGAAACAAGCAGCGGACAAGUUGGGAUUUGAUCCUGACAUAGUAUCUGCUGUUGGAUUUGGAACUCCACCUUGUGUCUCAAAAGAACUGGCUGAAAGCUGUGCCAGCUAUGUUACUACAGUUGUGUUACAGGAUGAUAUAAUUCCUAGGUUGAGUAUAGUUUCAUUGACAAGAUUGCGAAAUGAAAUUCUGGAAGCCGAUUGGAUGAGCGUCCUAGGGAAGGAAGACUGGAAGGGGAUUGUAGACUUGGUUACAAAUGCUAAACAAGUUGUCUCUUCAGUGCAAGAUGUGGCUAGGAAAGUUACUGAUUUUGCUAAGCUUAGGAGCACAUCAAAUUCUUCUGAAGCAAUCCAAGGAAAAGAUUCUGUUGCUUCAAUGAAGUUCAACACAGAUGCCCGAGCAAUUGUUGAACAACAGGAAGCUCUUCCGGAGGAGCUCUUUGUACCAGGAACCAUUUAUUACCUCAAGCGUAAUGUUGAUAUUGAUGGCUGCAAGAAAAGUGAAUCAUAUUCACUUUGGGAGAGGCAUCCAGAUCAAAAUUUCCUUAGGAUAAUGAUUUCUGGCAAUUUGAUCUCUGACCAUAGAUGCGAUAGCCAUUAUUACGCCCUAAGGGAUGUGCUCAAAAGCCUGCCAAUCUCUGGUGAUUGAAACAUGUUCUGCCUUUUGGCAGAAAUCUAAAGAUGUGAUUGGGCUGCGGUACACAAAAGGGCUCCUUUGAUAUCCAAGCCAUAGGUUUUUGACCAUUAUGUAAUUAGAUACUUGAUCUCCAUGCUGAAUUUUUUUAGUGUAUGGAAUCCCCAAAUAACUUAUGAUUUCAGUGUAUCUGCAUUGUUUUCUAUGUAUAGAUGGCAGAAAUAAAUUUGUAGAAAUUUGCUUUUAUGCAUUUUAUCUGGUUUUUGCAAGCCUUUUUUU